AUGUCGGCCACACAGACUCAGAUGGCGCCGUCGAAGCCUGCCGCCGCCGCCGCCGCCGCUGCCAAGGAGGAGCCCGAGAUUCCUCAGCUCACGUACGCCAUCGCGCAGACGGCCCAGGAGAAGCGCGAUGCUCUGCGCCUCGUCGCCGACACCAUCGCGCAACAGCGCCAGGUCGCGUCCUCGACCAUGAUCUUCCACCCGGCUGUUCUGGGGCCCUUUGCGGCCCUGCUCGCCGGGGUCGCGUACCAAGGCCGCAGCGACUGGGCCGGCACCGUCAUCCUCGUCUCGGGCAUCAUCGUCGCCUACCUAGCAGCCAUACAGUACUACACCUACGGCUACGUGCAGCGCGCCGAGAACUUCAACUGGCACAGCUUCAUCACGCCCGCGACCGACAAGCCCGCGCAGCAGGAGGACACGGUCAUGUACGCCCGCUACGCCGACCACAUCAUCGCCACGCUCGUGCUGCGCCUGGACAAGGCCAAGAACCCGCACAAGACGGCCGCAUCGCAGCAGCAGCGUGGAAACGGCUCGACGGCGCAGGUUCGCGCCUGGGCUACGCGCUUGCGCUACCGAGGCACAGGCGUCGGCGGUGACAUGCUGCGCAAUGCCGUAGGCCUUGCCCGCUCCUCACUGGGCCCCGCGGUUGUCGUUGAAUUCAGCCAUCCUCAUGCGCACACUGUUGAUACCACCAAGUACUUUACUGCACCCUUUGCGCGGCGCGAAAAGAGAGCGCGACAAGCCCUCGCGCAGGCCAUCAAGGAUGUCGACGCAGCGGCCAAUCAAUGA